GAUCUAUAAAUAUAAACUGCUCAUCUUCUUCAAAUUCAAGUGAAAAAAAAAAAUGCCCUUUUAUUUAGCCUUUGAUCUUUGCAUGCAUCUAUAAGAAUGGAUGCACACCCAACAGCAAUUUUGGUGGUUGUUCUGGUGUUGCUUUCUUGGGUCGGGGCAGUGAGUUUCUCUUAUGGACAUCCAAAUGCCAUCCAUUGUAGGGCAGAGGAAAGAGAAGCCCUUCUCGAGUUCAAAAAAGGUCUCAGGGAUCCUUCCAACCGCCUCUCUUCGUGGGUAGGCGAAAAUUGUUGCAGGUGGAGAGGAGUUCAGUGUGACAACACUACAAGUCAUGUUCUCCAUCUUAACCUCUCCAAUCCAAUCUACUUUAAUAUUUAUGCUUUUUACGAUUAUCUUCCUUUGGAUGCUUUCAUGAGGUCCAGGUUGGGUGGGAACAUAAGUGGUUCAUUGCUGCAGUUGAAGCAUCUCCGGCACUUAGACUUAAGUCGCAAUGAUUUUGGAGGGCUUAAAAUUCCUGAUUUCUUUGGUUCCCUCACCUCUCUCACAUAUCUUAACUUGUCUUCGGCAGGAUUUGGUGGCUCCAUUCCACCUCAGAUUGGGAAUCUUUCAAGUUUGCAGUAUCUUGAUCUUGGCAGCAAUGUUGUGGAUUUUUCUUCUGAAAAUAAAAAUGAUUUAUACGUUACGUCAGAUGACGUAAGAUGGAUUUCUCAUCUCACUUCAAUUGAGUUUCUAGACAUGAGCUCUGUGGAUCUCAGCCAGGCAUCCAGUAAUUGGCUACAGGUGAUGAGCAUGCUCCCUUCCUUAUCCACUUUACACUUGUCUAGUUGUUCGCUGGGUAACACUCUUCCACUUUCUCAUGUCAAUUUUUCUUCUCUUUCCACCCUUGAUCUCUCCGAUAACCUCUUCGAUUCUUCAAUAUUUGGCUGCCUCUCUGGCCUUCCUUCUCUUCUCUCACUCAGUCUGCGGUUCUCCAAUUUCCUACGGGGUUCAAUUCCCAUCUCUCUACAAAACAUGACAACUCUUCAAAUGCUUGAUCUUUCUUAUUGUGAAUUCAACUCUACAGUACCAGAAUGGUUGUAUGGCAUGACUAACCUCCGAAGCCUCGAUCUUUCAUUUAACAAACUUCAAGGUACAAUUUCAGGUGCUAUUGACAAUCUUACAUCACUCACAGAACUCCAACUACGUAAAAGUGACCUCGAAGGAAGAAUCCCAAGAUCCUUGGGAAAUCUUUGUAGUUUAAGAGUUUUAGAUUUGUCAUGGAACCAACUUAAUGGAGAUAUAUCUGAAUUUUUGGGACAUAAUUCAUGCAUCCAGGAGACACUGGAGUCUUUGGAUUUAACUGGAAAUCACCUAUCAGGCCAAUUGCCCGAUCAAUUAGCAGAAUUUAAAACUUUGUCCAAUCUUGAUAUUUCUAAGAACUUCAUUUCAGGUCCAAUUCCUGUGUCUAUAGGGAAAUUGUCAUCGUUAAGGGACUUGGAUAUUUCUUCCAACUUUUUCAACGGGAGUAUUCCAAAAAGUCUUGGGAGUUUCUCAAACUUAGAAAAGCUGGACAUCAGUAAAAAUUUCUUACAGGGCACCAUUUCAGAAGUGCACUUGGCAAAUCUGACGAGGCUAAAAUAUUUUUUUGCUAAUCAGUUAAAUCAGUUGGCCUUGCAAGUGAAUCGCAACUGGAUUCCAUCAUUUCAACUCCUUAAAUUUUCAAUGAGCUCAAGCCACGUGGGGCCUCAAUUUCCUAGAUGGCUGGAAACGCAGAAGAAUCUCAGGCAGUUAGAACUACGCAAUGCAUCAAUAUCAGAUGUCAUCCCCGCUUGGUUCUCUAGCUUAUCUCAGAUCUCUUAUUUGGAUUUAUCGCAGAACCAGAUCCAAAGCACAUUGCCACCCAUGUCUUCUACUUUACAUUAUUUAGAUCUUUCCAAAAAUUUCUUAAAUGGAUCCAUUACAACCCACCUGUGCAGAAGGAAAGUGAAGGAAACAAACUUGACAUAUGUAGAUCUAUCAAGAAAUCAUUUCUCUGGAGAACUUCCUGAUUGCUGGAUGAAAUUCAAACAGUUAAGGGUCUUGAGAUUGGACAACAAUAAUUUCCAAGGAAAUAUGCCAAGCUCCAUGAGUUCUCUAACAUCUCUCAAGUAUUUACAGUUGGGCAGAAACAACCUUUCUGGGAAAAUACCUACGGUAUGGCGAAAUUUUAAUAAUUUAAUAGUUUUGGAUCUUGAGGAGAAUAAAUUUUCUGGAAGCAUACCAUUGUGGAUGGGGAAAAGCUUUCCUGGGCUAAGACUCCUUAGCCUCCGUUCAAAUAUGUUGAGUGGCAGUAUUCCGCCCAAGCUCUGUCUUCUCAAAUCUCUUCAAAUCCUGGACCUUUCGCAUAACAACAUCUCAAGAACCAUUCCAAAAUGUUUUGGUGACUUCAACGCAAUGGUCAAGAAGCCAAAUAAUUCAUGGGACUUCGAAGUUGAUAUUUCUAGUGAUGUUUGGAUGUCCUUCGUAGAUAACAUACUGCUAGUAAUGAAAGAUCAGGAGUAUGAAUAUAGUAGUUCAAUACUUCCAUUGGCGACAAUCAUGGACCUUUCAUGCAACAACUUAUACGGAGAGAUCCCGACAGAGUUGACCCGUCUCCAAGGUUUGAUAUCCUUAAAAUUGUCUAUGAAUAAAUUUCACGGAAUGAUCCCUAAGAAGAUUGGUAGCAUGACACAAUUGGAGUCGUUUGAUUUAUCAAUGAACCAACUUUCAGGUGAAAUUCCAAAAGGUAUAUCAAAUUUGACAUUCUUGCAGAAUUUAAACUUGUCAUAUAACAACUUGUCAGGUAGAAUUCCUUUAAGCACCCAAAUCCAAUCCUUUAGUCCACUCAGUUUCAUUGGCAACCAUGACCUCUGUGGCCCUCCACUUACAGAUAAUUGUACCAAAAAUGAUGAUCAUGCGGUUCCAAUUAUACCAAAUGGUGGCAUGGAGGAGGAGCAUGAUAGAUGGAUUGACAUGAAGUGGUUUUAUAUGGGCUUGCCAUUUGGAUUUGUGGUGGGUUUUUGGAUAGUUUUGGGUCCUUUAGCAUUUAGAAAGACUUUCAGAUUGGCCUAUUUUCAGUACUUGGAUGACUUGAAAUACAAAGUAUUCAGAUUUUUCCUUUGAGUCAAUGUAAUUCGUCAGUUCAUGUUUCAGUACUUAAUAAAACAACACAAGGUCUGAUGAGUUGUCUUUAUAA